GCAGGCUAGGUUGGAGGCUUAGGGGCGGAAUGGCGCGGAGCUCGCGCCAUGCGGGUCCUUAACGCGGUCGCUGGGGGCGCCGGGGUACCGGGGGCGGCCGCGCUCUGCGGCUCCCUCCUCCUCUUCUUUCUGCUGCUCCUGCUGCUGCUGCUGCUGCUGCUCCUCCUCCGGCCGAAGCGGCCGGCCAGCUUCCCCCCGGGCCCCGCGGGGCUGCCGCUCAUCGGCAACAUCUUCUCCCUCGCCGCCUCCGGGCAGCAGCCUCACGUCUACAUGGAACAGCAGAGCCACGUGCACGGCCAGAUUUUCAGUUUAGAUCUUGGAGGUUUGUUCACUGUGGUCCUGAAUGGUUAUGAUAUAGUAAAAGAAUGUCUUGUUCAUCAAAGUGAGACCUUUGCAGACAGACCUGCUCUCCCACUGUUCAAGAAGCUGACGAAAAUGGGAGGUUUGCUCAAUGCCACCUACGGCCGGGGCUGGACAGACCACCGGAGGCUCGCCGUGAACAGCUUUCGCUAUUUUGGCACUGGCCAGAAAUCUUUUGAGUCCAAGAUCGCUGAAGAAGCCAAGUGCUUCACUGAUGCUGUUGACACAUAUCAAGGGAAACCCUUUGACCCUAAGCAGUUGAUAACAAACGCUGUUUCGAACAUCACCAACAUGAUUAUUUUUGGAGAACGUUUUUCCUAUGAAGACACAGAAUUUCAGCACAUGAUUGAGAUCUUUAGUGAGAACGUGGAGCUGGCUGCUAGUGCUUCUGUCUUCUUAUAUAACUCUUUCCCCUGGAUUGGCAUCUUCCCCUUUGGGAAACACCAACAACUUUUUAAGAAUGCAGCUGUCGUCUAUGACUUUCUCUCUAGAAUCAUUGAAAAGGUAUCUGCCAAUAGGAAACCCCAGUCACCUCAGCAUUAUGUAGAUGCUUAUUUAGAUGAAAUGGAUAAAGGUAGAAGUGACCCAGGCUCCACAUACUCCAAGGAAAACCUGAUUUUCUCUGUGGGAGAGCUCAUCAUCGCUGGAACAGAAACCACCACCAAUGUACUCAGAUGGGCAGUUCUUUAUAUGGGCCUUUAUCCUAACAUUCAAGGGCGAGUUCACAAAGAGAUUGAUUUGGUCGUGGGUCCCAACAGGACACCUUCUUUGGAGGACAGAAGCCAAAUGCCAUUCACUGAGGCAGUUUUGCAGGAAGUCUUGCGCUUCUCUAAUAUCGUCCCACUGGGUAUUUUCCAUGCAACUUCUCAAGAUACAGUUGUGCGAGGUUAUUCUAUUCCUCGAGGCACCACAGUCAUCACAAAUCUUUAUUCUGUGCAUUUUGACAAAAAGUACUGGAAAAACCCAGAAUUAUUUUAUCCGGAGCGAUUUCUGGACAGCCAUGGACAGUUUGUUAAGAAAGAAGCAAUGGUUCCUUUUUCACUAGGAAGAAGACACUGUCUUGGAGAACAGCUGGCUAGGAUGGAAAUGUUUUUGUUUUUCACAUCAUUGCUUCAGCGAUUCCACUUGCAUUUUCCACCUGAGGUAGUGCCAAAUCUUGAACCCAAAUUAGGCAUGACAUUGCAGCCACUGCCAUACCUGCUCUGUGCAGAAAGACGGUAGCCAAGGAACAGCUGUUAGGAGGACUUGUAUAUCUGGACCUGGAAGGAUUCUGCCCCCCCCCCCACCCCCCUCAGAAUUUGAACACUGGUCACAUUAUGAUAACUUUAUUGGAAACAAACUGUUUUCAAAGGUCUAAAUUAAGAAGUGCAAAUUUAAAUUAUAUGGACA